AUGAACUUUCCAACAGAUACAAAGCCACAAUGGUUUUUUAAAAAGCUAAAAGAUCUUGGUAAAAUAAAGGAAAAACUACUAGAACUCCCCAUAACCGACCCAUUUUAUUGCUUUAUAAUAAAUUUCAACAGCGAAAUUUGGAAGUCUAUUUAUCCAAAGAAUGCUAUUUUACGUAUUGAAAAUGACUACUUAUUUAAAUUUUCAACGGAGCAAUAUGAUGACAUCAAUAACGCUAUGGAAUUAGUAUUUGAAAAAUAUGAUCCAAACCUUGAACCUUCACCUCAAAUAGAAUUAAGCUCUGAUUUAAAUGGAUUACAUCAAAAUUAUUGUAAAAUCAUUAUGAAGAUAUGGCAAGUUUACACUGUUAUAUUAUUAUUAAUGUUAUCUUUCAGUCUCAUUAUAUUUUCUUUGAUUCACUGGCUACUCGAAUGGAUCAACCCACCUGCUGUUAGCCUUGAAUCACGUUAUGUUUAUAAAUAUGUAUAUCAUCCUCUUGAUACAGUUUUAGAUAGCCUGUUGCAACACUUUCAUCUUCAUGG